AUGAGUGAUCUCGGGCAGUUAACCUAUUAUCUGGGAAUAGAAGUACAUCAGUAUAAAGGAGGAAUUAUGCUGACACAGGCGAGGUAUGCACGAAAUAUACUUGAAGAGGUCGGGUUAAGCGCUUGCAAACUAUCACAUGUGCCGAUGGAAUUGAAUGUGAAUCUGUCAAAAGCACCCGAUGAACGAAAUAUUGAUGAAGGCGAGUUUAAGAGAGGAAUUGGGUGUCUACGUUAUUUACUACAUACGCGGCCUGACCUAUCAUUCAGUGUGGGAGUACUUAGUAGAUAUAUGCAGGAGCCCAAAGAGUCACACCGCGCGGCACUGAAGCAAGUCCUAAGGCAUUUACAUGGAACAUGUGAUCUUGGUCUUGUGUUUUCCGGUGGAGGAAUUGCGGAUUUGGUGGGUUAUAGUGAUAGCUCACACAAUGUUGAUAAUGAUGAUGGCAAGAGCACGCUGGAAGCAAGAGAUUGUUGCUCUACAUCCUGUGAGGCUGAAUUUAUGGCAGAAACUAAGGCUGCUAAACAGGCUAUUUGGCUCCAAGAACUCCUGGCUGAAGUCGUUGGAAAGGAUUGCCAGAAGAACGAGCAAGUUGAAGUUGAACAUGUUCCUGGGACCGAACAGAAGGCCGAUAUACUAACCAAGCCUCUCGGAAGAAUCAAAUUCAACGAAAUGAGAAGUCUUAUUAGAGUUCAAGAUGUGAGUGAAGAAGAGUUCAAGCUUAAGGGGGAGAAUGUUAGGAUAAGCUUGAAGUGA